AAAUGACCAAAAUACCUUCAACACUUAAAAUAGACGUCUGGGAAGGAGUCCCUGCGCAGAGAGUGAAGCAGCAAUGGCGCCCGUGAAAGCCAUGGGCGCGGCUGCUGCAGCAAUUUCCAUGUCUAUACUAUCCAUCUUCUUCUGCAAAUCUCUCUACAAUCUGUCAAUGAGAAAAUUCCAAAGACCCAUCUCAAAAACCAAAGCUAGAAAAGGCCUGAUUGACUCCAUCGGCAAUACCCCUUUGAUCAGAAUCAAUAGCCUUUCAGAUGCCACUGGCUGUGAAAUUCUGGCAAAAGCCGAGUUCUUGAACCCUGGAGGCAGCGUGAAAGAUAGAGUGGCAGUUAAAAUCAUAGAAGAGGCUCUGGAGUUUGGUCAUCUUGUUCGAGGUGGUGUAGUGACUGAGGGGAGUGCUGGAAGCACUGCCAUUAGCCUUGCUACGGUGGCUCCUGCUUAUGGAUGCAAAUGUCAUGUAGUUAUACCCGAUGAUGCAGCCAUUGAGAAGUCUCAAAUACUUGAAGCUCUUGGAGCUACUGUAGAAAGAGUAAGACCCGUUUCAAUUACACACAGAGAUCACUUUGUCAAUAUUGCAAGGAGAAGGGCGUCUGAGUUUACUGAAUCAGCAUCAAGACAACAAGAAGCUGAACGCUCAGUACAUGUCAACGAUCAUGCUUCGGAAAAAGGAGACCGCCCAUGCGCUAAAGAUUGUAAAGGUGGUUUCUUUGCUGAUCAGUUUGAAAACCUGGCUAACUUCCGUGCUCACUAUGAGGGCACUGGCCCCGAGAUAUGGAAACAGACUGGUGGCUACUUGCACGCUUUUGUCGCGGCUGCAGGUACGGGUGGGACCCUCGCAGGUGUUUCGCGGUUUCUUCAGGAACAAAAUCCUAAUAUCAAGUGCUUCCUGAUCGACCCACCCGGUUCGGGUCUCUUUAACAAGGUGACACGAGGGGUGAUGUAUACACGAGAGGAGGCUGAAGGUCGGAGGUUGAAGAACCCAUUCGACACAAUAACCGAAGGGAUUGGAAUCAAUAGGCUAACCAAGAAUUUCAUGAUGGCGGAAUUGGAUGGAGCUUUCAGGGGUACAGACAUGGAGGCCGUCGAAAUGUCUAGGUUUCUUUUGAGAAAUGAUGGGCUAUUCGUUGGGAGUUCUUCGGCCAUGAACUGCGUUGGAGCCGUGCGGGUUGCACAGUCGUUGGGCCCUGGGCACACCAUCGUGACAAUCCUGUGCGACAAUGGGAUGAGGCAUUUGAGUAAGUUCCACAAUCCUCAGUACUUGUCUGACCUUGGCUUGACACCCACUGCAACUGGUUUGGAGUUCUUGGGGACCGCUUGAGAUGCAGGCUGCUCAGUUGUUCGUAGGGUUCUAAAUAUCUAUCGGAACUGAGUCGACUCGGCUGAGUUUUGUUUCAGGCUAUCAGUUCCAACAAGUUGGGACCAGGAUUCAGCAAUUGAGACCAUUGAUCUGUUGGACCCUAGCAUGGAUGGACCAUGAGGCCCAAAAUUCCCCUCGACAGGCCAGUCCCAACAUUUCUAUUUGCGUCCUACUAAUUGACGAUUCAGAAGAGGACUGCAGCAGUGGUCCAUGUUCAACUGAAAAACGCCCUAGAUUGGCAGCUAGGAUCAUUUUGCAUGGUUCAUCUAGGGUGGGGCAAUAAACCAAUGGUCUGGAUUACUGAGGGCCCCAGAUGUCAGAACUGAAAACCCGAGCAUAUGCUUCAGUUUUAGGAUCCUAUAAUUCUUCGUUUGGCACACCCAGUAUCCGAUUUUGUAACAAUGAGAUCCUAGGAAAAUAGAAAUGCACCCCAACUAUCUUUAACAGGAAUUAGAUGUCAUGGAAAGGUGAUCAUUAACUUAGUUCAGCUGAUCUGACCGUACUGUUGUGUUUAGAUGCGAUAUUGAAUUGGAUUGCAAUAACUAGUCUGGUAAAGUUGAAAGCACCAAAUUACGAUUUCCUUGCGUAGCA